AUGUCCUCUCUUCGUCGUCGCCUCGCCGGCGACGCGUCCGGUUCGUCGAGUGAGCCGUCGCGCGAGCCGACGCCCGACCCGGCCCAGGGCGAGCAAUACCGCGUCGUGUCGGCCGAAAAGCUUCACCAGCUCUCCGCCGCCCGCCAAAAGGCCCGCCAGAGCGCUCGCGGCAGCAAGAGAUGGAACCUAUUCGUCUUGGGCCUCGGCGGCGUCAUCGGCAUCGUGGGCGCCGGCUGGUUCGCCCAGAACAACGACAUGAUCGACUUGCCCGCCAUCGCCGACAUCAACCUCGACUCGAUCGCCGACAUUCUUCCAGCCGGCCUGCUGCAAGAUGCCCGGGACUUGCAAUGCCCCGUAUUGACCGUUGCCGCCUGCCCGCAGAGACAUGAGCGCGAGGCCGUCGCCUACGACUCCUUCGCCGUCGGUCUGCACGCCCGCUCCCAGGGCGUUGAAGCCACGCAUCCCGUCAUCAUGAUCCCCGGCGUCAUCUCCACCGGCCUGGAGAGCUGGAGCACCGUCGAGGACUCGCGCCAGUACUUCCGCAAGCGCCUGUGGGGCAGCUGGAGCAUGAUGCGAGCACUGGUCAUGGACAAGGCGGGCUGGAAGAAGCACAUCAUGCUGGACAAGAACACCGGUCUGGAUCCCCCCGGGGGCAUCAAGCUACGUGCCGCCCAGGGCUUCGAUGCCACCGAUUUUUUCAUCACCGGUUACUGGAUCUGGAACAAAAUCCUCGAGAACCUGGCCACUAUCGGCUACGACCCUACUAACGCUUUCACGGCCGCCUACGACUGGCGCCUUUCGUACGGGAACUACGAGGUUCGCGACCAGUAUUUCACCCGGCUGAAGACGCACAUUGAGACCGCCGUCCGCAUCUCCAACAAAAAGGUCGUGCUGCUCUCCCACAGCAUGGGUUCCCAAGUUCUCUACUACUUUCUCCACUGGGUCGAGGCCGAGGGCUACGGCAACGGUGGCCCCGGCUGGGUCGAUGCCUACGUCGACUCUUGGAUCAACAUCAGCGGCUGCAUGCUCGGCACCCCCAAGGGCAUACCCGCCGUGCUGUCCGGCGAGAUGAAAGACACGGCCCAGCUCAACGCCUUUGCAGUCUACGGCCUCGAGAAGUUCCUGAGCCGCGCCGAGCGUGCCGAGAUCUUCAGGGCCAUGCCCGGCAUCAGCAGCAUGCUGCCCAUGGGCGGCGAUGCCGUGUGGGGAAACCACACUUGGGCUCCGGACGACACUCCGGACCAGAAGCACAGUUACGGGUCGUUCAUCAAGUUUAGGAACAACAACUCGUCCGCCACCGCGCGCAACCUGACCGUUUCGCAGGCUUUGCCGUACCUGUUCGGGCAGAGCGAGGAAUGGUACAGCACCCAGGUCCUGAGCAGCUACUCGUACGGGCUGGCGAGCUCGAGAGAGGACGUAGAGGCAAAUCAGAUCAUCCCCUCCAAGUGGGCGAACCCCCUUGAGACGCGCCUGCCCCUCGCCCCGAACCUCAAGAUCUACUGUUUCUACGGUGUGGGCAAACCCACCGAGCGAGCCUACUUUUAUCAAGCAGAUGAGGACCCUCUUUCCGCAAUCAACGUGACGAUCGAUACCACUUACAGUGAAAACGAAGCUGAUCAUGGCAUCGUCAUGGGCGAGGGCGAUGGCACGGUCAGUAUUCUCAGUUCCGGCUACAUGUGCACCAAGGGGUGGAAAAUGAAGAGGUACAACCCUGCCGGGGUCAAGGUGACGACUUACGAGAUGCCGCACGAGCCCGACAGGUUUUCACCUCGUGGCGGCCCUAAUACCGGCGACCAUGUUGAUAUUCUCGGCCGGUCGUCUCUCAACGACCUCAUUCUGAAAGUCGCCGGCGGAAAGGGCGACCUCAUCGAGGACAAUAUCGUUUCCAAUAUUUUGGACUACGCCGACAAAGUUCAGAUUUGGGACGACGAGGAGUAA